AUUGUCAUGAUUCCAGUGCUGACGUUCCUGUCUCUGCUUCUCGUGACGGGAGUUAUCGGGAAUAGCCUGGCCCUGUGGAUCUACUGGCGCAGGUUUCCCCAGACGCCGCUGAAGAUGUUCAUCAAAGUCAUGGCUUGCUACGGUCUACUGACGGUGACCGUCUCAAUACCUGGUGAGUUUUCUGACGGUGACCAUCUCUAUACCUGGUGAGUUUUCUAAGAGAGACAAGUCCUGGUAAGUGUUGUCAAAGUGACAGUUGCCAUUCCUGGUAAGUGUUGUUUCAGUGAUAGUUGCCCUUCCCGGUAAGUGUUGUCACAGUGACAGUUGCACUUCCCUGUAGUGUUGUUACAGUGACAGUUGCCCUUCCCGGUAAGUGUUGUCACAGUGACAGUUGCCCUUCCCGGUAAGUGUUGUUACAGUGACAGUUGCAAUUCCCGGUAGUGUUGUACCAGUGACAGUUGCCAUUCCUGGUUAGUGUUGUUACAGUGACAGUUGCCCUUCCCGGUAAGUGUUGUCACAGUGACAGUUGCCCUUCCCGGUAAGUGUUGUUACAGUGACAGUUGCCAUUCCUGGUUAGUGUUGUCACAGUGACAGUUGCCCUUCCCGGUAAGUGUUGUUGCAGUGACAGUUGCCCUUCCCGGUUAGUGUUGUCACAGUGACAUCAACUACAAUCCCUUUUUGUUUCAAAUCAAAUAGAAGCCUCAAAAUUCUACUCUAAUUUGCAGGCGUCAUUAGAUAUAAAAUACGAUUUUUGAAUUCACGAAGUUAACAGACUAUUUUCUUAACGAAUCAGUUGUCUAAAGAGUGAAUCAAUUAUUCGGGCAUCGAUUUUAUUUUUUCAGGUGAGAUUUAUGAAUCGCUUCAUAAAUGGGACUUCGAUCAUCCAGUUGUUUGCAAGAUCCAACAGUUCUUCAGCGCGGUGGCCACGAUAGGAUCUGGUCUUGUCGUGGUGGCUGUUGCCAUGACCAGGUAU